AUGGAACCAGCAAAGGUUUUAACAUUUCUAAUUGCGAUCUUUGUUAUUUGGCUGGUUAUUUAUGUCCCAGAACCACUUGAAUACUUCCACCGACUCCGACUUCCAGAAAAAUAUAAUGCUUCCAAUAAAAAUAUCCGCACCACAACUCCGUCUUAUAAAGUAACUUUUAUUUAGAAAGGAAGCAUAGAUGAUUCUCCUAAUCAAGAUCCUUUGUGCUCAGAGAACUGUUCAUGGAGUACGUACAUAAGCAACGAAGAAUUUUUAGCAAAAAAUCUAAUACAGAAAGAAUUCUCCAUAAAUGAUACUGAUACGCUUUAUAAAAGCCAUGAGGGAGCUUACUGCAUACCUGAAAUUUUUGGAUAUUCAGUAAAGGAAGGUGAAAGGGUGUUUCCUCCUCACGAGUACCCCACCUGCGAUAUUUUAACUGAAAAUGCACCGACUAUGUCUUUUGAUCUCUCUCAGAGCAAAUUUACUAUGGAAUGUGACGGGAAAAGCAAAGGAUAUUAUAUUUUAGAGCCAAAGAGGUCAAAAAACUCUCUUUAUUUGAAGACAGAAAUGACCAAAAUGUGGGAAAUUAAAGAAUAUGAUAGCCCAGUUACACUAAAGCAUAAUGAAGAAUUUGCUAUUGGAUCUUGUGAUGGCAAAAAAUGAAAUGGCGCUAUUUAUAUGCCGAGAUUUAAUGAAACAGCUUACAACAGAACUAAGGAAAGAAUGAAAGAAUUAUCUGAUAAAACUGGGGUGUUUCACAGGCCUCAAAUAGUUUUUAUGUUAACUAUAGACAGCUUUUCAAGAAGGCAUUUUUUCAGAAAACUGCCGAAAACAGUCGAAUUAUUGAACUCGCUUGGAAACUCAAAAUAUUCAAUAUUUGACUUCAAAAUCCACAAUGUAUUUGGUUCUAAUUCAGUUGAUAACAUGAUUCCUGUGUUUGGAAGUAAUGCUCUAUAUAGAUCAUACCAAUGUAGAAAUACAUGAAAGUCCACCUUUGAAAGACUUUCUCGGUCCAGCAGCCUUGUGAAACAAGUUCAGAGAUAUGGGAUACAUCACGUAUCUAGGGUUCGAAGACUGUGAUUAUUAUUUUCCAAAAUCAAUAGGAAGAUAUCCUCAAGCUGAUCACAUUACAAGGUCAUUUUAUUGUGCAGGGUUUGAAUUUAUGGAUCUCAAAAUGAGAAAGCAAAAUACCGUGCAGAGAUGCAUGGGAGAGCACAUGUCCCAUUAUUAUAUCCUUAAUUAUACCAAAGAAUUCACAAAUUUGUAUAAGGAUAUUAAUCAAUGGAUUUACAUUCAUAUAAAUACAGCCCAUGAAGAAACAGGGCUUCAUGCUACAACUCUUGACCCAGAUCUAAGUAAUUUCCUUAAAAAUUACUUAAGAGAAUACGAAGACACUCAUGAUGUGGUAAUAUAUUUGCAUGCAGACCACGGAAUGCGAUAUGGAAACUGGUUCAAAGAUAUAGAAGCUUACCAAGAAGUGAAGCUCCCUUCUUUAUUUUUGAUCGCGUCUAAUUCACUGCUUGACCGAAUCCCAUACUCUUAUGAUUCUUUAUCUCACAACGCAAAGAGUCUUACUACAAAAAUUGAUCUGCGGCCUACCAGCUUAUUUCUUUCAGGGCUGCCAUACGAUAUCGAGUAUCCAGUAUACGAUGAGCCAUAUAGCAAGCCGUAUAUAGUUCUUUUCAAUCAAAAAGUCAAUGGAAAUAGAACUUGUUAUGACUUAGGCAUCCAUCCUCUUCAUUGUUCAUGCUUAGUCCUCAAAGAAAUCGACCCAUCAUAUUAUGAUCUUAAUUCUGACAACGAGCUAAACAUGCUGCUAAAAAGAAUAGUCACAGAAACUAUCGUGGCCAUUAAUUCUGAAGUCUUCACACCUACAGGAAUUAUAGGAAACUCUAUAUGCAAAAAAUUGACCUUAAAAUCUAUACAAAAAGCUUUUGGGCUGCAAUUGACAUCAGUUUUAGAGGAAAUUCAAAUACAGUUUAAUGUGAAUGAAAGCGAAAAAGCAUUGUUUGAAGUGUAUGCUCUUGUAGGAUCAAGCCAAAGAACUUCGAUAUUCCGAAAUAUAAGAGGGAAAGGAGCACCAAUACCUUCUGUAUAUUUAGAUUAUAGAAUUAGAAUUAAAACAAUUGGGAUCAACAGAAAAGAUGCAUAUGCAGGACCAUGUGAAAAUUUGAGCAGGGCGAAUAACAUUAAUGCAGAAUAUUGCAUUUGCAAGGAUUUUGAGGAAAUUAAGCAGAGUUACCCUAAGCUAUUUGAUUAA